UUGUGUCGUUUCCUGUGUGUGAGGCAGUUUGAAUCAAAUGUGUUGAAACCAAUGCUGGACGUACACAGGCUCUCUGUGUUCCAGCAUAAUUUUUACUAAACCGGCGGAGGAUUCUCGAAAUCUACUGCCACCAUGAAACUUGUCCGGUUUCUCAUGAAAUUGAGUCACGAGACUGUGACCAUUGAAUUGAAGAAUGGAACACAGGUACACGGCACCAUCACAGGUGUUGACGUGUCUAUGAACACUCACCUCAAAGCUGUGAAAAUGACUCCGAAGAAUAGAGAGCCUGCGCAGCUGGAGACUCUGAGUAUCCGUGGCAACAACAUCCGCUACUUCAUCUUGCCUGACAGCCUGCCAUUGGACACAUUACUGGUGGACAUUGAGCCAAAAAUCAAGUCCAAGAAGAGAGAGGCGGUGGCUGCACGUGGUCGAGGUAGGGGUCGAGGUAGAGGACGUGGGAGAGGAAGAGGACGAGGAGGACCCAGACGAUGAAGAGCCUCUGUUUCGUUACUCUCCUAAACAAGAAAGUUUACUUUUCUUGUCAUGGGCAAUAUUUUAAUAUCAAGUUUGAGCUUGAGAUUUCUCAGCAGGAUAAACUGUGUUUUUGUAUUUGUGUUGAUUUGUUGUUUUCUUAGAAGAUUAAAUCUUCAAUUCUUUUAUGAA